ACGAGACGGACAGUUUAAGUCUCAACGUCCCUCUCUAAUACCCAAGUCGGGGUGGAACACGGUACCGGCAUUUGGCCCCAUGUCAGGCUGUUUAUACCAUUCCUUCCAUACGAAACCUGCGACAUGCAAAUUUGAGUUUGACAUUCCCAUAAGUCGACUUGUAUCAAAAGCUGCCUCAAACAGCUAGUCAAAGGAAACGUUUCGUUGACUUGCACUUCGCUCCAGGGCUAGCUAUGAACUCCUAAGUGAGUGAUUCAGCAAGGACACGGAAAGGAUUGUGUUUCCUUUGCUACCGAGUCACCUAUUUGUUCGUCGGGGGCUCAGACCCUUCACAAGUUCUCCAGGAGCAACAAAACCCUAUACAAGUGAAGGAGGAAGAGUUCCUUUAUUUCACCAUUUCUCACACAGUUAUUUGCGCACUUUCGACUAUUAUGUCACUCCCGGCGAUUUUCAAGACCACCGUUCAGGCUGCCGUUCUCAAUGGCAGUUCAAACGUAAUAGCUCAAGCGAUAACGGCGUAUCGACAUGGGGUCCAAACUGCUGCUGUCCUCUAUUAGCACGAACAUGAAAGUCGCGCAAGUAACCAAAAAAUAAUGCUAACUAAAUUCUUGUGCGGCAUUUUUAAAUGCCGCUGGUGAAUUCGGUGUUGGACGUAAAGGCUACCUUUGCUCUCGACUACAUUGAAUUGAUUCGCUUCAUCAUAUGUACACUUAUCACUACGCCGUUUAUGGUCCUCUGGCAGGAUUAUCUCGAAGCCACAUUUCCCGCGUCACCUCAGGAUAAUGCCAGGAGGAUUCCGGCGGCAAUGGAGGGCAACAGUGAAAGAACCUCCAACUCCAACACGACUGCCAAAGAGGUGCCACACGGUGGGGUCCAAACGAAUCAACCAGAACGAAAAGAAACACAGGAGCCCAUCCAAGAAAAGAAUACCUGGAAUACUAUUUCUAAGAUUCUGAUAGAUCAGACUGUCGGUGCCGGAUGGAGUACAGCGCUGUUUAUUGUAACUAUCUCUGCUUUGAAUGGCCAGGAUGCCAACGCGAUUCAGCAAUCAUUGUUUAGGGAUUUCGUUCCCAUUAUCAUAGCUGGCCUGAAGCUUUGGCCAAUGGUUUCAGUGAUCAGCUUCACAAUGGUUCCACCAGAAAAGAGAGUGCUGACGGGGAAUCUAUUCGGCAUGAUCUGGGGUAUAUACCUUAGCUUGAGAACCGAAGAGUGAUGUCAGCCCCUUCGGCCUACACAGUACCAACUCCACUUUGCGUACGGCACAAUCCCCACACGGCACUGUUGCUCCAUUGCGGGAACUACGAUAAAAUCUCCACUAUAUUUUCUUUUUCUUUUCUUGCCUUGCGGUACCUCUUCGGGUUCCCUUUUUGGAUAGAAACCUAAGAAGAACACCCAUGGGGGCCGGAUGAAUCGGGUUAGUUUAUAGUGGUCGAUAUGGAUGGAGUUGCCGCUACUGUCGGGAUUUAUUCUAGAAAAGCCGGUCAAUUUGGCGGAAGUGAAUUGCGGGAUAAUACUCCUGUCAAGCGACUAUUUUCGGAUAUUUACACCCUCCUGGCACUUCUCUUUUAAGUGCUCAAAGCCGGCUUUGAGUAGGAUAGCAUGGUCCUGGAGAUCUGCCCUUUUCCGUUAUCCAUGCACAUGCACGGGGAAUUUACAUGCAUGCACGUCGGGAUAGAACUAGCGGUAUGCAAAUUUCCCGAAACUCUCAAUUAUUUUUUUCUCCUUUUUUCUUUUCUUUUUUUCUCGAUUUGAGCCCCCAACCUGCUCGUGCGAAGAAGAGAGCAACAUGUUUACAAUGCUGCACAACACAAAAGUUGCCUGCCUAAUUUGCAGCUUCUGCGAUCACGACUUUUGUUGGCAAUGUAACAAGUAGUUGGCUGAUAUUAAGAGUCUAGCUGCUAUGUGUACAUAUUGCAUGUGGUGAACAACUCUAGAUCACAAUAUAAAAUCAUUUACUCAUUCUAUUAAAGAUUUUGGCAAUCUCAAAUUCUUGAGAAUUUGAAUCAUUUUAAGCUUUGAAGCAUAAUCAAAAGCAUUUUUUAUAUCUAUAAAAGCAGCAGUUGAAACUAGGUUUUCAUUUCUUACAAUUUGAAUAUUAUGAAUAACAAUUAAAACUGUGCUAAUUGCUGAUUUUCAAGGGCUGUAU